AUGGUCAUCGUGAAAGAAAAAAUAUGCCAAAUUGAAACCUUCUUUGCGUUUCUAACAUCGACCUUACAGAAAUCUGUUUCAUGUGCGCUUGACAAGUUACUGUCAGUUGGAAACAUUCUUCAAUACCUAGCCAUGUUUUCCGACGCAUUGACCUUAGGAUACGAUAUUCAUACUAAAGAAAUGAAGAAAUCUUUGACUAUAGACGCAAUUAAAGAGUAUUCUUGGCGAUGUAAGAAAACUCUCACCUUCUUUGGGACCAUCAAAAGUUUUUCUGCUUCAGCUAGUCAAGCAUGGGCUUUAAAGAAUAUAAUAUUCAACCUCAUCAAUAAAGAUUGUUCUAUUGCUGAUUCCCAUUCUUCUGCUCAAGGCGAAAGGGGUAAGCUAUUCAGCAGCAUCGUCAAAACCAUGAAAAAAAGAGGACUGACAUUUGAUCCAGAAAUACUAAAAAUAGUUGAACAAACCCAAACUGAUUUAGAUGAUAUUUUGAAACGAAUGGUGCAGAUUUCAGGGAUUUCAAUUUCAUAUUUCGAAGGAGACAAAAGAGUUAAUAAACCUGCCUUGGUUGAAGAUUCUUUUCCGGAGUGUCCUUUGUCAGCAAAACAAAAACCAUUAUUACAGAUUUUAGAAAAAAUGAAUAUGAAGGAAUUUUAUCCAGGAAAACUUACACUUCAACACGUACUGAAAAUGCACGAAAAUCAAUUUUUAGAACCAGCAUCAUUUUCCGAACUUCCGUGGGUUAUGCUUAGAAAAAUUAUUGCAAUAAACUUUGACUUCAGGGAAAAAACUCUGCAUGAUUUGCUUCGGAAGCUUGCAAUAAAAUCGCAGCCAGAGAAAAAAGUAUCUUCUAUUGGACAGGUCGUUUCUUCAAGAAAAAAUAUCAAAACAAGUGAACAGUAUCACCCAACAGAUGUCUUUCUUGCAUUGUUUCAGUGUUUUGAUCCAUUUCUCAAAAAACUUGUUGUACAGAAAAUGCAAGUUUGUCAAGUUGCUGUACCAUUGGUCUACCAGGACUAUGAAAGAAAUCUCCUUAGACUUUCCUUAUGGCCCAUAAGGGAAAUUUUUAUUGACGGGGGUUCUGAAUCUGUGGCUACAAAACACCUACAAACAGUUGCCUUUGUAAGAAUUGGUGAUAAAAGAAAACGUUCAAAAUCAAAAUUAAUCAACCAAUUUCUUAGAAGCCAAAAUGAUGAACACAGUACUUUUUACCAUAAGGAUUGUUCACUUGGAUUUCAUAAAAGAGAUUUUGCUAGCGGAACCGUCGAAGCAAGUUGGUUCAUUCCAAAUUCAAAAACAAACAACGACGACUCCGAUAAGAAAUCAGAGAAAGAAAAAAAUAUUGAACAGCCUCUUACAAUUCUAAACCUAAGAGGAAAUGCAUCUACCUACCUCGAGCAACUUCAAUUUUUGCUAACUUUGGCUAGUGCUUUGGUUGUCAUUAUUGACUAUGAAGAUAUACAAAAUGAAACACACUACCCAAUUUUACGGAAAAUUCAUGCAUCAGAGGCUCAUGUCAUAAUUGUUACAGAUUUACCACACGAUGAGGACGAGACGGAACGAUUUAUUCAAAUGUACAGCGAAAAAACGGAGUUCUCAGUUGAGAAAUGCUCAAUUCUUUCCAUUACCUCGGAAGGACGAUAUCUUAACGAAAUAGAGGUGAAACAAUGUUUAAUCAAUGAUGUUGAUGGCGCUAUUCGCCGUAGGACCUUUUCAAUGUCUCUCGAAGAAAUAAGUGAACAAUUACCAUUAGGUUUCUACAGUGAUGAGGAAAGGCCAAAAUCGAUUUUAGGAAAACAGCUAUGUGGUCAAAUUAUAUCUCAAAUAGAGGGUACCCAAUGGACAACAAAACUACAUAAAAAGGAUAUUCUACCACUCCAGGGUGAGGCUUUAUGGCAUGAAUGGAGUAUCGAGCAAAAAGAAGAAAAUCGGUCAAGAAAAGGAGAAUUUGUUGCUAAAGACCAACAUUUAGAGAAGAUGCGAAUUUUGAGGGUGAAACAGGUUUGCGUUUUCGAGCAAAAAAAUGACAUUAUGGCCCAGUUUGUCGAUAUUUUAGUAACGUAUAUGAAUGAUAAACAAACAUCAUUGUUUUUCAUAUCUUGGCUGCGUCAGUACAUGGAUAGUCGUUCUAGAAUUAUUCUGCCGGAAGUUUUGCACAGAUUACGGGAAGCUUUUCAUAAUUUCGAAAACAUCAGAUCAUGUAAAGGAGCAGAAGUACAAAAAAAUGAUGAGAAAAAUCUGGAGGAGCUCAAAGCAAAAAUAUCUCAAGAAGAGAGAAAUUUGGCACAAUGUUCUUUUGGAAUAGAACACUUUUUCAGGGAAAUGGGCCAACUUUAUGAAGCUUUUAUGUACUGUCAAGAUUACGUGUCUUGUUUAGUUACAUUGAAAACUCGAGAAGUUAUACAAUCUUUACCUACAGUAGCUGCAAAACUGUUAUUGUGGGGACAACCACUUGAAGUAAUGGAUGGCGACGCCGCAAAUGUUCCCCUUAAAUGGAUUAACGCUGUCUUUAGUGAAGUUUCAAAAAUAAUAGAUGGAGAAAAAAAGCGUCUUUUUUCUAUUUCAGUUUUAGGCAUCCAAAGUUCUGGGAAGUCAACUCUACUCAAUACAAUGUUUGGACUCCAAUUUGCCGUAAGUGCUGGAAGAUGUACAAGGGGGAUUUAUGUUCAACUCGUACCCAUAAAUAAAAAAAUGUCUUCCUUAAAGUUUGAUUACGCAAUGAUCAUUGAUACCGAAGGUUUGCGUGCACCUGAACUGGCUGGUGAGAAGGUGAAUCAUGAUAAUGAACUUGCAACUCUAGUAAUUGGCAUGGGAGAUGUUGCCAUUAUUAACAUAAAGGGAGAAACAAUUGCAGACAUGGAAGACGUUCUCCAAAUAGUUGUUCAUGCGAUGAUAAGGUUGAAACAAGCAAACGAAAAAAUAACUUUAAAACAGUCCUGUAUUUUUGUUCAUCAAAAUGUUUCAGCGCAGGAUGCGGAUAAAUUAACAAUCCAAGGAAACCAAAAAAUUAUCAAAAAUUUAGAUAAAAUGACAGUAGAAGUAGCUAAUGAGGAACAUGUGGCAAAUAUAAGGUCGUUCAAAGAUGUAAUUGGCUUUAACCCAAUCAAACAUGUCAAAUAUAUUCCUGAUCUAUGGCAUGGUACUCCACCAAUGGCACCAGCUAGUUCACAAUACAGCACAAGUGUUAUCGAAGUUGCAAAAUGCAUUCUUACAGAUUUGACAAGUGAUGAAUCUCAACGUUACCUUUCUGUCGAAAACACCAAAGUCCAUUUGCAAAGCCUCUGGAAAGGUAUAUUGUCAGAAAACUUUGUAUUCAGCUUCCGAAAUGUACUAGAAGUUAAAGCAUACAGCUUAUUAGAAAAAAAAUUCCAAGAACUAACCUGGCAACUUGAAGAGCUGAAAUUAAAAUGGUUGAAUGAUAGUGUUCGUCCAACUCUUAGAAAAUGCAUAAGACAUGAUGAACUCGAAAGACAUGAAAGAGAAAUAUAUAAAGAGUUUUCCAAAACCAUAAGUUCCAAAACAAAUGCGAUAACUAAGGAAUUGGAACGUUUUUUUAAAGAAUCAGACUUAGCUGAGCAUAUGGUGCAUUGGAAAGGUCGAAAAAAUGCUGAACUUGAAUCAACUUCCCGUGAAAUUCUUAGUGACAUAAAACACAAACUAAAUGUUGAAAAAGAGAAAUGCAGAACCUUAACGAACAGUAAUAAUUGCAUACUUCAAAAUAAGAAAGAAAUUCAAGGGAAAGCUACCGAAUUUGCAAGAACUCUGAAGGGAAGAAAGGAAACGCCUUCAGAGGAAGAAAUAUCCAAGACGUUUGAUGAUGCUUGGAAACAAUGGGUUGAUGAUAUUGUUCGGGAUAAUCCAGAGAGAGAUGUUCAACUUGAUUUACAGGAGAUGAGAAUUCAAAUUGACCGUCUGCUUGUCGAUAGAUUUAAAAAACAUGAGAUGCUGUUAAAUGCUGAGAAGAUUCAAAAAUGGGGGAAAUCAAAUAGAAUUGAAAAUACAAUGGCGGUUGAUGAUAUUAAAGAAAACCAUAUUUCAAUUAGUACCAGAUGGUGGCAAAUAAAACGUAUCUCAUUUGCCAAGUACCAAAAAAAAAGCGUAUGA